AAGUGUGUUCCAAUCUAAAACACAUGGCCAACUUGGUCUUUCUGUUAACCCAUAUUUAUUUUGAAAACUGAUAGCUCAUGUUCAUGGUAGUUGAGUUUAUAUAAACACCCAAAAAAUCCACUCUUCCACUCUAAUUCAAAAAUCCCCAAUCACAAUCUUCAUUUGCUUCAUAUCAUACCACCAUGGACCAAUCCAUGAUUUCUUCCAAAAGAUUAAAUGGCAAAGUCGCCUUAAUCACCGGUGCCGCCAGCGGUUUCGGCAAAUCCACCGCCAGAUUGUUCGUCCAACAUGGCGCCAGAGUAGUCCUCGCCGACGUCCAGGACAAUCUCGCCCAACCACUCUGCAAAGAACUCGGAUCAGAGGAAAGCGUUUCCUACAUACAUUGCGACGUAACGAGCGAUUCCGAUGUUAAAAACGCCGUCGAUUUCGCCGUCGAGAGGUAUGGGAAACUGGAUAUAAUGUACAACAACGCCGGAAUCACCGGCCAAAUGGAUCCCACGAUUUUAGGAACGGAUGGAGAAAAUUUCAAGAAGGUUUUUGAGGUGAAUGUGUACGGAGGAUUUUUAGGAGCAAAACAUGCGGCUAGGGUUAUGAUUCCAAAUCGGAGUGGAGUGAUUCUGUUCACUUCGAGUGUUGCAUCGGUGAACAGUGGGGAGUCGCCGCAUGCUUAUGCAAUGUCGAAGCAUGCGGUGGUGGGAUUGAUGAGGAAUUUAUGUGUGGAAUUGGGAGAAUUUGGGAUUAGGGUUAAUUCGGUAUCUCCGGGGGCUAUUGCGACGCCGCUGCUGAGAAAUGCGUUGGGAUUUACGAAGAAGGAGUUGGAGGAGGUGGUCCGGUCGUCGGCGAUAUUGAAAGGAGUGGUGGCGACGGCGGAGGAUGUGGCGGAGGCAGCGCUUUACUUGUGUAGUGAUGAAUCAAGGGUUAUAAGUGGGCAUAACCUUGUGGUCGACGGUGGAUAUAGUACUGCUAACCGCUCUUUCUCUGCUGCCGUUAUUAGAAAAGUGUCGUCUGCUUUUGAAGGUUAGAAAUGGUAGCAAUCAGGGUGGGUGUAUCGUCUUUUUUUUCCUUUUUUUUUUUUUUGUCUCUAUUCAAAAUUACUUUUACCAUAAUUAAAAUAUUUUUUUAAUACAA